AAUCAGCGCGCCUCGGUUGACGCGCGCUCCUCCAUCCUUGUACUAACCACCCGGGAAUACCCUCGCCGUAUUAUCUCGCAUGAUAAUGUAUAAUAAUUCGAAUAUUUAAGGGGAUUGCCUUCAAUUUUUUUGUAUACUUUAAAAAUCAAAUCGCACUCAGGUCGAACUACCGAAAACGGCUUUCGGCGUCGGUUCGAUUUGGAGCAGCUGACUUCGGUGACGUGCCAAAGAUUUUUCGAAAACCUUCAAUUACUACUCGUUCAUUGAACCAACGGGCUUCAUGAAGCAUUCAAUUAUUGGCCUGCAAUGCGGCUAUAAAAAUACAAACAUUUUUCAACCGCGUACCGAACAGAGAAAAUCGCCCGAACUGGCGGCAACGAAUUGUAAAUUUAUCCGCGAAACAAAAAUAUCGACAAAAAGUCGAAAUAUUCGAAAACUCAAGUCCGAAGUGCAGUUAGUUUAGUGCGGAGGUCUGGAGCACUGGAAUUACUGUUUUUUUUUUAAAUCUCUCGUUUUUUGACGCACAAGAAGAGUUGAUUCGGUCUCGUGACUUCCGAAAAGAAGCAUCAUCGUUCACUGGUCUCCAAAAAAAGUCUGACGAGCGAACCCUGCCAAAGGGGACGAAUGAGACUAAAAAUUGCUUUUCAAAGGUAAAAAACUUUUCACAACUUUUAAUCUGUCAAGUGUGCGAUAUAUCAAAUCGACGCAGUCCCCAAGUUCCAGCCCGCCGUCCCCGAGUGUUCUCGUUGCACCGUGAACUUUUGCAACAGGUGGCGGCUUAGGGAUCGUGCGCUAAACGUUAAACUCUUGUGCGCCUGGAGUAAAAGAAAAAGCAAGUUGGUGCUGUUGCACGCCGAUUAAACACUGUACGGAAUCACGAAACUUUAUUCCACAAGCGGUGGAUUGGGCGUGUUUAUUUACGAGAGUUUGAAAAUCGCUUUAAACUCGUGCUUGAAAAUCUCUACCUCCGCGUCGACGCGAAAUGACUCGGGAUUACUAAUAACUGCGAGCAUUUAUUUUAAGCGAAGAAAAUUCGAGAGAAAGUUAAAUCCUGAAAGAGGGAAAAGUCAAAAAAAAAAAAAAAAAAAAAAAAAAGUAUUGGCUGGAUGAAAAUGCAACGAUAAAAAUUCCGAAAUAGAAGAAACUCGAGAAACUCAUGAAAAUGAAGUUAUCCAAGGAAGGUGGUGCGGAUCGGCCAUUUUAACUGUGCAACGUGAGAGAGUCAAAGAAGCUAAAGAAAAUGGGGGAUUCGGACUCGUCGAACGGGACGAGUAGCAACAACGCGAGUCUGCUAAGCAACGCUCCUGACUUCACGUCGGACUUCGUGGUGCAAAUGAUGUUUUGUAUAUUCUACGGUAACAUAUUUGUGCUGGGUGUGUUUGGGAACAUGUUGGUGUGUUACGUAGUAGCGCGUAACCGUCAGAUGCAGACGGUGACGAAUUUGUUCAUAACUAAUUUGGCGUUGAGCGACAUACUCUUGUGUUUUCUUGCGGUCCCAUUUACGCCGCUGUACACGUUUCUGGGUGGUUGGGUAUUCGGUAAGACAUUGUGUCACCUGGUGCCGUACGCGCAGGGGGUUAGUAUCUACAUAAGCACGUUGACUUUGACGGGGAUAGCGGUGGAUCGUUUCCUGGUGAUAAUAUAUCCGUUUCAUCCGCGGAUGAAGAUCGAGGUGUGUCAAUGUAUAAUAAUUGGGAUAUGGAUAGUGGCGUUGUUGGUAACGCUGCCUUACGGUCUGUACAUGAACUUGGAGGAAUCGAAUACGUUUUGCGAGGAGAAAUGGCCGAGCGACUACUUCCGUAUGAUAUUUAGUUCGAUGACGACGAUACUGCAGUUCGUAGUGCCAUUUUUCGUGAUCGCAUUUUGUUACGUCUGCGUGUCAAUGAAGCUCAACAAUCGUGCGCGUUUGAAACCUGGAAGAAAAACGAGUCGUAGAGAGGAGGCGGAUCGUGAGAGGAAGCGUCGUACGAACCGGAUGCUCAUUGCGAUGGUUGCUAUUUUCGGUGUCUCGUGGCUCCCCCUUAACAUAGUUAACGUCGUCGAUGACUUUUACGUGCCAGCCAAUGAUUGGUCUUAUUACAGGCUGUGCUUUUUCAUUUCGCAUUGUCUUGCGAUGAGCAGUGUGUGCUACAAUCCAUUUCUUUAUGCUUGGCUCAACGACAAUUUUCGAAAAGAAUUUAAGCAGGUUCUGCCCUGCUUCGCAAGGAGCUCAACCAUCUGCACUCCUCACACGACCGAGGCCUGCAAGAGCGAGAAAUUACUGUGCAACGGCAACGAGACGAUGCAGGAGAGCCUACUCGGGCAGGUAUCAACGCGGCAAAAUGCCUGCUCCACCGAAAUGGUUACUCUAGAACCUCGUGCACCUGUCGCCAACGAUCACUAUGCGGUCAACCAGUCAAGGGAUGUUGCGCACACCGAGGACGUAACAGUUUAAAUUUUCGGCCCGCUAACUCUCCUACUUCGGGGCGAACUGGACUGCGCAACACAUUAUGGUUGUUCAUUCCGAGGAGGUCACAGCACGUGGAGAACCAUAAACGAGAAAUUCCGAGCGAUCUUGAUAGCAAGGAUCGCUCAUUAUCUCCGUCUAAAAAAAGGUCGUGGGUCACGAGAAUUUCGUCUAAGUAUACUUACCGACGUUCAUCUCACUGAUUGCAAUGUACCCAAAGGAAAUAAGCUGUUUUUCGAUACGUUGAGAAAGCAGAAAUCAUGAAAAAUCUUUGAGAUAAGAAAUCGUAAAUGUGAUGGAAAUAGAAAAAUUUAUAUUUAUUUGUCCGUAACGGAAAAUUGCCAAGUGUUUAUUUAUUUCGAAAAUAUUAUAAUAAUAUUCGCUGUUAAAAUUGUGCGUCGAGUUUCAUCAAUUGUCGGUUGAAUGAUUACGUGUUGUAAAUCCUCGUUGUGGAACAAAAAUCUGAAAAUAAAUAGACCGAGUGCUUGGAUAAUGAAAAAAAAAUAUAUAUAUAUAUAUUGAAGCAGAAGUGAAACGGACAAAAGUCAAAAAUCAUUCGAGCAAACAUCGAUGAAAAAUGAUCUGAUGAAAAUGUAUUUUUUGUGUAAUGUAAAAUGACUCGGUUAGUAAAGAUUUGAGGAUAA